AUGCGACUCUCAGCCUCGCAAUCCAGCUUAGCUAUGGCCACUCCGGAAUUGGAGAUAGCUGGGAAUAAUCGCCAUCAUCAUCACCACCACCACCACCACCACCACCAGCAGCAGCAGCAGCAGCAGCACAACCACCCGCAUCCGCUACCACAGCAGCCGCCAGCCCUCGCAGCGCAACCAGUCAAACGUCGUCGCUAUGCACGUCGCUCUUGCCUCACUUGCCGAUCCAAAAAGACACGCUGCGAGCUGCCUGACGAAGCCGUCCCGUCUUCAUACGAUCCUUUGCCGGUAUCCAAGGCCUGCCAUCGAUGUCGCGCACUCGACAUUCCCUGUGUCGUGUGGGAUGGCAAUCGCAAACGCAAACCCCGCAUCGAUUCUGUCCCCUCCUCAUCUGCGCUCUCCUCAUCCUCUUCUCCUUCUCAGCCUCGCAAUUCUCACCCGCUCGAUCGUGCACGCGCCUCGCAUGGCGCGUCUCCUCCUCCCGCCCUUGAUCAAGCAGAUCCCGGCAAUCUCAUUGCACGUUCCAGCCAUCGCAAUGCGUAUCCCCACCCUAGCGACCAAAAUUGUUGUCUCGCCAACAAUUGGCUGAUACCGUCUACCUCGAGCCAGAGUCCUCGACGUUCCAAUUUGUACGAACGACCUUGGCAUGUUUCCGAUGCAGCUCCGCGCAUCCCGCCACCCUAUGCUUCUCCUCCGUCCGCAACAAGGCCUUCAACAACAACUACUUCCAGCUCAAAUGUCACCUUCCACCGCAGCGCUGCUGCUGCCGCUUCCGCUGCCACUGACGGCGAAUACGACGCUGCGCUCUUCAUCAAUCCCAAAUUUUCAGAUAGCAUCAAGACAAAGGUGGCAGGAGGCGAGAUCCACAUCCUCAACAAUCAAUGCAUGCACUCGCCCCUAGUAACGCUCAAUCGUUUCAUCACCAGGAUUCCUUCCUUCUCACGUCUGAUACGUCCCGAGAUGGACCGCUCCUUCAACGGUCAGCUCUCUAGUCUGCUCACAGAUGAAAACAUCGGCGCGCUCGAGUCUCAUCUGCCACGACUACGCAUGUGGCAUCCGCAUGUAUCUGACCUCGAAUCGCUCCGCACCGCUUUCCACCACCGACCGAAUCCUUCGACCUCACUCCUCCUCGCCACAAUCUGCCUUGUCGCCUCCAACAUUGCAGGCAAGCGUCAUCUGGCAAAGCACUUCGCCGUCCACAUUGAUCGCAUCGGCCUGCACGUGCUAAUCUCGGCACCCAAAGAGCUCCACGCCGCCCAAGCCUUUGAGCUGCUCCUCUCUCACGCGCCGUCGCUCAUCGGCGCCAGCGUUGAUCCUUCGGGCGCAGCACACAACGACUCGGCCGUCUUUGGCGAAUCACUCCACUCGAGUGCCAUCGCCAUCGCCGAAGCCAUCGGCCUAGACCUCGUCAUGUCGCAAGCCUUGCAAGAUGGCUUUCACCCUGCCGACCAUGAUGACAACAGUCCCCAGCGACUGGACAAGCUUCGCUCUUACCUCGGCCGCUUCUCGCUCUGGUCCAGCCUUUCCAUGUGGCGCGCCAAAUUCCUUUUCCUCAACUCCGUCGUACGUCCAGCCGACUUUUCGCGCCUCCGCCGCGAUGCAGAGCUAGCCAUCUCCCUGGUCGAAACGCUCUCUCGAUCCGAUCCACAGCACGCUGUGCCAUCCAAGGACGAAGUGCUCUUCCGAGCUGGUGUGCUUGCUCUGGCUUAUCGCGCCAUCCAGGUCGCUGACUUUCACUUGCGCCUCUCACAGCUCGAGACACUUUGGAACAGUCGACCGCUCUUUUCGGACCUGGAGGUCCGACGCGAGGUCAGCAGCCGUGUCGACGAUAAUCUCAAGUUCCUCGCACACUUCAAGAACACCAAGCGCCGCAAGUUGUGGGCCAUGGCCAAUCUGGCCGAGCUCAAGUUUCUCGAUCGCUGGAUUGAUCUCGAGUUUGAGUCCGACAGGGUCUAUCUCUUCCAGCUCUACAUGCGCAUGGUGCUGCCCAUCAACAAGGCUGCUGCCACUGUGGUCGAUGUCUCGCACUCGAUCGACCGAGAUGUUGGCCUGUUCUGUUUCCUCUUUAAUGUCGGAGAGCGCAGCUACCUGAACGACGAGAGGGUGCUUGCCGGUUUUGCCGCUACUCCACAGUUUCCAGGCGAAAGUUUCGAGCAGAUAGGGCUGCCGCUUCUUUUGACGUGCGGAUACAUCCUUCACAUCAGUAUCUGUAUCAUGGAGGGUGUCAAUUUUGUCUACUAUGGCACGCACGACUCGGCCAUGCGCGAGGACAUGUUUGCACUCCUGUUGCGUAGGCUCGCAGAGCGAAUUUGUCCGCCUGGGCAAAUAGAAAGCGAAAGUCUGGAGAAGCUCGUUUCCAGCAUGCUGGUACAGAUGGCUCGGCGCCUCGAAGAGUGGGAGUUCUAUAAAGUCACCCAGAGCCCUCAGCAGCGUACAUCCACAUCGACCUCGCAACUGCCCUACGCAGUCUCUAGCAACAAUGACCACCAGCGUCCCAGCGGUCCGCCGGCGUCGGCAUCGGCAUCGGAGCGCCAACCGCCAAGCCUCGCAGACAACUGUACGCGGCAAGGCCAAGCGACCCCUGUGGCCGACGUGGGUGCAGUACGCGGAGACAUGCCGUCGAUGGGCUGGCAAGACGCAUCGGACUCUGGCGAGUCCCCGGCGUGUAAGCAAGGGCGCAACCAUCUUACGCAUGCGCUGCCGACUCCAGCCCACGCCGAUAUUUCAGUCGUGAUGUCUGAUAGUGCCGACGCAAAGGCUUACGCUGCAACGUCAUCUAGCGCCAAUGCAGAUGCGCUGCUGCCUUGCUCUGAUGUUUGGUCACCGGACAACAUGGCGCGCAUCAUGGACGAAAUCCUCUCAUGGAACAUCAUGCCAGACGCGCACUCUGCAAACGGUAAUGGAGCGAGCUGA